UCUCAGGGGGGGAAAAAGUGCAAAAAUCAUACCUUUAGAGCUACAAUAGCUUGUUUUAUCUUACUUACCCCCAAAAGGUUCAUAGUUGCACCUCAAGAGUACAUAUCACUAGGCUGAGGUGACGCAUGAUGCAUCGAGUCAGGGGGUGAAAACUUUUGGAAUUUGAAGAUCAUAGUAAGUUCAACUUAUUUUGUCUUCUGGGGAACAUCUUCUGUAGCUUCUGAAGGGCAGUACUAAAUGAAAAAAUAUGAUAUUUAGGCAAAAUAAGAAAAAUGUACACAUCUUCAUUGUGUUCAAAAGUUUUCACCCCCUGGGUCUUGAUGCAUCGUGUUUCCUUCUGAAGCAUCAGUGAGCGUUUGAACCUUCUGUAAUAGUUGCAUAUGAGACCCUCAGUUGUCCAAAAUGAUGGAUCUCAAAAUCAUACAGUCAUUGGUGGAAACCAAGGAAUCUGUGAGACCUGAAGGAUUUUUCUGAAGAACAACAGGCAGUUUAACAAACAAGGGACUCAUGAACAGCUAUGACUAAACAAAAAAACACAGUUGUGGAUCAUUCAGGUAUUAAGAAUCAAGUGUAUGUAAACUUUUGAACGGGAUCAUUUUUAUAAAUUCAACUAUUAUUUUCUCUUGUGGACUACAUGUAAAUGUCUUUUAUGUGAAAUAUCUUAUUCAGGUCAGUACUUAAUAAAAAAAUAACAUGCAUUUUGUAUGAUUCCUCUUAUUUUGGUCAAAUAAUUAAUUAACAAUUUUGCAGAUUCUACAAGGUGUGUGUAAACUUUUGACCUCAGCUGUACAGUAUAUUACAACCAUAUGAUAUAACCCUCUGAAUAUGAAUGCCGUUUUCAACAUUAACCAUCACCAAUCUAUAAAGCACAAACAUUAUUAUCAAGUUUAAUGCAAGUGUGUGGUUUGUUGCAGUGUGUACGGCCUUGAAAUCCAGCCUCAGACAACAUAAUCACUAUGGUUACACCAGAUCUGGACGCUGUCCAGCACGGCCAACAUACCCUUUGUGCUCUGAUGAGGAGAGGGAGGGUAAAUGUCCAUCUGGGUGUCAUCUGGAGGGUCUAAUUAAUCUUGCAGAUGAAGACAUUCGGAAACGUCUGAGAAAUAUUUGUGAAAGGAUUCAGCAAAAUCAGGACAUCACUUCAUCUGUAAUGCAAAAGAGUGUGCAGUUUUAUGGGUCACAAAGAAAAGCUAUCAUCCAGACAUAUAUGCAGGAGAUCAGAUAUGCUGAGUUUGCUGAAGACCUUCACAGAAACUUAACAUUUCUGCACAAGAGGUCUGCAGAACUUGCAAAAGACUUACAGAAGCAGCAUCACUUGAUCUGGGAUCAGAUCAAUGAAAUUCGUCGAACUGAGGUGGACAUUGACAUCAAAAUCCGUGCGUGCAAAGGAUCAUGCAAGCAAACCUUUGACCAUGCCGUUGAUAAUGAAGCCUUCAAAUCUAUGGAGAACAAAAUGGAGCAGUUCAGCAUUAUCUCAAAGAGGCGAAAAUCAUUCUCCAAAAGCAAAAAAAUAAAACUUCAGUCUGUUGAUCGGCCCAGGGUGUCUACCACUUACCGGAAAAUUCCCAUUGUUCGCACUGAGCUGCUUACAAAGUUUGAAGACAUUGAGCAGCACCAGGUUGUUUUAGAUGACCUCCUAGAGGAUAUUUAAUCAGAUUUAUGUCUAGAUUAGUAAUAUGAGGGAUUGUUUUAAUUUGACAUUGUACGUGGUUUAGUAAUAUAUUGACAAAUACUACACUUAUUUCUUGUGACUUGGUUUGUUAUCUAUUUACUACAUAUUUAUUUAAAGACCACUGUGCCAUUCACAGUAUUUUAGCAAUAUCAUGUUUACAGUUUAAGUUUCUGUUCCUACAAUACAUCUGACUUAUGUGCAGUUUACCAUGUAUAGUGUUAGAAGACAAAAACUCUAUUCUUUAUAGCAGUAUAAAAAAUCCCCAAUGGCUCUGCCUUAGUUGCAACACUGAAGCAAAUGUGAAUGAGAGACUGUACAAAAUGACAUUUCACACACAAACACAGAAAUCAGCCUGUCAAACACAAUGUACUAAAUACCUCAAUAAACUAUGUGGUGAGCUUCAAAUAUGA